AUGUAAUAAUUAAGCGCCUAUGCCUUGUAAUUCAAUUGAAUCUAUAUAUCAGACUAUAAGAGUUUGAGAAGCAAAGAGACCUAGAAAUAGUAUCGAUUAGGAACGAAUUCUAAGAAGACUAAACCUAUAUACUUGAAGUGUGUGCGAACGAAUCCAUCAUGAACAAUUCAGCAUUGCUUAAAAAUUCCUUUUUUUAAGAUCAUCUGUUGACUGAAAACUCAUUCCUCCAAAUUAUCAAAUAAGGGGUGGUAGACACCUAAAUUGGUAAACCUUUAUUAUAUUAUAGCUACCAUGGGAUCUCCAUUAGCGCCUACAUUGAAUGAGCAAAAUUUAAAAAAUCAAGACGAUGUUUAUAAAUUCAUUGUCAGAAAAUUAGAUAACACUUUCACUGUCUAAGAGAUCAGACACAAUUCUUUUACAGUUAGUGUAAGUUUUUGUGACCUCUUGAAAUCAUUUAUUAUUUCAUCCAGUGGAUAAACAAUCAUAUGUGAAGGCAAGGAUGAUGUUUCUAAGUACAACUAAAUAAAAGAGUUCGAAAGGGCUUGCAAAGUAGCUACAUAAUUCUUUAAUGUUUAUCAUAAAAUGAAUCAUAAUCAAUAGAUCAAUUUUGCCAAGGAUCUAAUAAAUAGAAGUCUAAUUGGAUGUAGAAACAAAUCAAAUUAUAUUGAAUGGUAUGCAAUUAUGGAACAUUACAAUUCAUAAAGGAUGUUGCCGCCCAAUCUUGUUACGAAUUUUCUGAAUCAUUACAAAUUGGAAAUUGCUAAAUCUCAUGAAUAUCAAAUAACCCUAUAGAAUUUCCCAUCAAUAUAUGUCUCAAUUUAAAACGAACUAAUUGAUUAAUAUCAUGAUUAUUUUAAAGGAAAAACUAUUUAUUUUUGGAAAGAUGAUAAAUAUUUAGGAAAUUGUUACAUUCCUUCUAAACAUUUUGAAAUUUUAAGACAAAUUAAGAACUACAUACAAAAUCCAAAAUCAAACUUUUUUGAGGAUGACCCUCCAAAAUUUCUCUCAUAAUAUAAUUUAAAAUAAUCAGAAUAUGAGUUUUAUUUUAAAUGCAUAAAAUUGAUGUUUAGUAUUCCCUUUAAUGCAAGAGUUGACUAAAGUUUCAACAAUUUUUCUACGACUGUUUUCAACUGCAUUCAUAAAAAAAUAACUAGAAUACCAAAAAGAUAAGAUUAUCAAUUUACACUUGCCUAGUGUUUGUAAACUAAAAAUACUAUUGCAGUUUUGAUUCCAAUCGGUAUCAAUGGAAUGGGUUAUGAUAAGAUCUGUUAACAGAUAAUAACAAUGUAUGAAGGAGUUAAAAUAAUAACUAAAAUUGAUGAGGUUAAUGAUAAUCAUCAGCUUUUUUUAUAUGACAAAACAUGUUCUCUUAAAUAAUUUCAAUAAACUCAUGAAGCUUUAAAAAAGCUUCCCUUUGAGGUUAGCACUAUUGCUCUAUAUCCAGAAUGUUCACAUUGCUACACAUCAGAAAACGAAAUUAGAUUUCCAUUCUCUUUUCAAUUUAUUAUGUUUUGCUUAUUAACUGUGUUGGAUCAUAGAGAUCAAGUAAAUCAAAUAAUAAAGUAAUUAAAAGAAUUUGAGAAUCAGAGACUUAGAAAUCUACCAUCAGAUUAUUUAAUUAGUUGUCAUUACAUCCCAGAAUCAAAGGAGACUAAUGAUCUUUAUAGUGAGAUAGUCGAGCAAGAUUUCGAAGCAGCUUUAUCAUUUAAUAAUGAGUAAUUGAUAGAGAGUUUGUCUUUAUACAAAGACUCUGUUGUAAAUAUCUCUUAAAGGCAUUUUUUGGAUCAAGCUAGGAAGAUAAUUAAUGCAAUUGAAGAGAAAGUUUAAAUUAGUUUAACAAAAAAGACAUAAUAAUUGCAAAAUAAAACAAAUAAAAAAUAUAAACAACAAUAUGCUUUGUUUAUUUAAAAUCCGAAUUGGGAUGAUAUAGAUAAUUUCAUUUUGGAUGGUCUUGAGAUCAUUUUAAAGUAAUAUCCAAAAGAUACCUAUGUUAAUGUAAUGUAUCAAUAAUUAGAAAACUAAUUAUUUAAAAAACGAAACCUAUAGACUUAUCGCAAAGAGGAUUAUCCUUACAUGUUAUCAAAAAAAACUGAGAAAAAGGAGUGGUAUGCAUAAGUGAAAGUAGUGGUGAUCGUUGUUGAAGGAAUCGUAAUUUUAUAUCCGGAGGAUUUAGGAUUAAAUCAGUUAUAAGAUAUUCCAAUUUAUUCUAAUUAGAUUGAAGUGACGAAAUCAAGUUUGAUAGCUCAAUUGGUAAAGCGGGAUGUGGAGUAGCUGUAUGACAAGAAAGUAAAGGAGGAAACAAUAUCUUAAUUGGAGAUAGAAUUGAACCAUACAAUGUGGAAGGUAUUCUUGGUGAAAUUGAAGCCAAUCAAGAUUCAUUUAGUUGAGAAUUUAGUUGAUUGA